CACCAUAAUAUACUCACUACCACUUCCAUCAAUAUCUAAAGAUGGCAUCUUCACAACAAUACGGAAGACCAUCAACCGAUGACGUUGAUGAGAAUCGCCCUUUACUCCAUGAUGACUUGGAAGACAACCGAGAUCGACCUUUUUACGAUCGUAUCUUGGAACAAUUGAAAGAUCCCAAAUCUUUACGUCCUCUUGAGAAGGUCUUAGCGGCAAUCUCUUUAUUAUUCAUCAUUCUCUUCAUCAUCUUUGUUAGUCUCUAUGCAAACACAAAAGCAAGAAUCGAUCAUGGCAAACCUGAUGAGCAAUUACCUUUGCCAGGAGGAGAAAAAGUAUGCACUUCAAAGCACUGUGUUUUGACGGCAAGCGAUUUAUUGCGUUCCAUCGAUACUACCGUCGAUCCUUGUGAUGACUUUUACCAUUUCUCCGUCGGUAACUGGCUCAACGAGCAUCCUAUUCCCGCUGAUGCAGGUGUAUAUGGGAUGGCACAAAAGAUUGGCGAUGACAAUGCUCGACUGAUGAAAAAGUUCUUGGAAGAGGAAGAUGAUGGACCAACAAUUAUGAAACAUUCUAAAGAUGAUAUUGACAAGAGAAAUAUUGCUAAACUUCGAUCAUUCUAUCAAUCCUGCAUGGACACAUCCAGUCAAGACAAAGCCGGCGCUAAGCCUGUCUUGGAUGUGAUUUCCAACUUGUGGAAAUUGUUGAUGAAAGACGAAAAGGAGGAUAUGGACUUUUCUACAAUGUUCAAUUCAGCCGCUGAAACCGAAGAUUGGAACGGCAUCUACAUUGACGAGCCAGUCAUUCCACCCAACAGACCUCCAGCCCGUCAUCCACCUACAGAGAAGCCAAGGCCUCUUCCUCCAAGAAAUGGUCGUCAACGUGGCUUCACCGAAGCUUUAGCCUCUGCACACUCACAAGGUCUGCCUGCAUUGUUUGAAUGGUUCACUGAGGGAGAGCCUGUCAAAGAUCCCAAACUCGGUACUGCCUAUCUAUCUCCUUCUGGUCUUGGCUUCCCGGACAAAGUAUACUAUGACGAUGAAGAUGAGCUGAGCUUCUAUGAGAAAAGAAUUGAAGAAUCGUUCCUCUUAGCUGUAGAAGCACAACACGACAAGAAAAAGCGCAGGCCCACGGAAAAGGAAGUAAAGAAAUUGGCAAAAUUAGUGGUGGAAUUCGAGAAAAAUAUCGCAAAGAUUACACCGGAUGGAGAGGAUUUGGAAGACCCAAUUGCAACCUACAAUCCAACCACAGUAUCGUCCCUCUCUUACACUUUCUCCGGAAUCGAUUGGCCGACGUAUUUGGCUGCCUUGACAGUCCGUGUGCCAAAAGAAGUGAUUGUCCAAUCGCCCAAUUUCCUCAAACGACUUGAUGCUUUGGUGAGCAGAACAAAAACGGAAGUUCUUGGAGCUUAUUUAGCAUGGACUGCUCUACGGACUUUCGGUUUACAGCUUGGUCCAAAUGUUCCGUUGCGUAAACCGAUCGAUGCUCUUGACCGACGAUCCAAAGGUGUGGAAGAUGAUGUCAAGGAAGAUCGAUCGACGAUUUGCUUUGCCGCAACAAAUGAUGCUCUGGGUUACUUACUUGGUCACUUUUACGUUCAGGAAGCAUUCUCUAUUCGUGCACGUAAUAUCGCAACUGGCAUCAUCGAUUCCAUCAUUGGUGCAUUCAAGUCAAGAUUACCCGAAUUGGACUGGCUAGAUCCUAAAACACGUAAAAAAGCAGAAGUCAAAGCAGACGCAGUCAAAAUCAAGGUUGGAUGGCCUUUAAGCCCCAAUACUACUGAUGGUACUGCGAUUGAGAAGUACUACGCAGACUUGAAAGUGGACAAGGAGGAUUAUUACGGAAACGUUGCAAGGAAAAUGCAACGGGAUGCCAAACGUCAAUGGGCAAGUAUCGAGAGACAGUUGGACCCAGAGAGCUGGGACAUGAUUCCAUCCGAAGUCAAUGCAUACUAUAAUCCAAGCGCAAAUGAGAUCGUCUUCCCUGCUGGUAUCUUGCAGCCAUCCUACUUUUCGGAAUAUUGGCCAUCUUAUCUUCAAUAUGGCGCCUUUGGAAACGUGGCUGGACAUGAAUUAUCCCAUGCAUUUGAUCCGAAUGGUCGUUUGUUCGAUGAAAAUGGCAGAUUACACGAUUGGUGGACGAACGAUACUGCCAAAGCAUUCAAUGAAAGACGUGAUUGUUUGAUCGAUCAAUACAGCAAUUACACCAUUCCCAACGGAAAAGGUGGUAAGGAACAUCUACGUGGUCGUUUCACAAUCGGAGAAGAUGUUGCAGAUGCAGGUGGAAUGGCACAAAGCUACCGUGCAUGGAAGACGACACUCAAAGAAGGCGGUCAAGAAGCAUUGGAUGCCAACCCACUUUUGCCCGGAUUGGAUUACUCACGCGAACAACUGUUCUUUGUUGCCUUUGCGAUUGGAUGGGCUCGUAACAUUCGCAUUCAAGAAGCCGUAAGAAGAUUACGUACCGAUGAACAUUCUGCCACCAAAUUCCGUGUGAUCGGAACACUAUCCAACAAUCCAGACUUUGCGGAAGUUUGGGGUUGCAAAGCCGGAAAAGACCGAAUGGCAAGAAGCGAAGAAGAACGUUGUGCAAUUUGGUAAAAACAUAUGCUCACUCAAGUAUUUAAUUUAUAUCAAUAUUAAUUGAACCAUUAAAAACCAAUUCUGUCAUGAGUAUGAAA